AUGGCGUUCCCUGUGGAUCUGCUAGAUAAUUGCAGUCAUGAGGAACUGGAAACUUCUGCUGAAGAUUACAUGUCAGACCUAAGGUGUGGUGACCCUGAAAAUCCAGAGUGUUUUUCUUUUCUCAAUAUUACGAUUCCUAUUAGCUUGUCAAAUGUAGGCUUUGUACCUCUAUAUGGUGGCGAUCAGACCCAGAAAAUUCUUGCUCUUUUUGCACCUGAGGAUUCACUCACAGCUGUGGCACUUUACCUUGCUGAUCAGUGGUGGGCUAUUGAUGAUAUUGUGAAAACAGCUGUCCCUUCUAGAGAGGGGCUUAAACAGGUGAGCACUCUUGGGGAGAGAGUGGUUCUGUAUGUUCUGAAUCGAAUUGUUUAUAGAAAACAGGAAAUGGAGAGAAAUGAGAUCCCAUUUCUGUGUCAUAGCAGUACUGAUUAUGCUAAGAUUCUGUGGAAGAAAGGAGAGGCCAUUGGGUUUUAUUCAGUUAAGCCUACAGGAAGUAUAUGUGCCUCAUUUCUUACCCAAAGCUACCAACUGCCAGUUCUUGAUACAAUGUUUGUGAGAAAGAAACACCGAGGCAAAGAUUUUGGGCUUCACAUGCUGGAGGACUUUGUUGAUUCCUUUACGGAAGAGGCACUUGGCUUGCGGUACCCACUGUCCUCUCUCAUGUACACAGCUUGCAAGCAAUACUUUGAAAAGUAUCCAGGAGAUCAUGAACUCCUUUGGGAAGUUGAAGGUGUUGGACACUGGUACCAGAGAAUACCGAUUACCAGAGCGUUACAAAGAGAAACACUUAAAAUUUCAGCAGUUCCUCAAAACGAAGCUAAAAGACCUGUGUCGGGAGAAUAUGGUCUUGCACCUGUUCCAGAAUACGAAGCAGGAGCUGGAGGCAGUCAGUCUAGUGAAGUGCAGCUAACUAUUGAUUCUCUAAAAGAUGCCUUUGCAAGCACGUCUGAAGGUCAUGGUAAAACACCUGUUUCCACUCGUAGUAGAAGCAGUCAGCUAAAGCGGCCGAAGAUUGGAAAGAGGUUUCAGGAUUCUGAAUUUAGUAGUUCUCAAGGCGAAGAUGAAAAGACCUCCCAUACUUUACCUGCAGCUUCAAUAAACAAGUUAGAGUCUACUGCACGCACAUCAGAGAGCUCAGAAGAAUUCCUAGAAGAAGAACCAGAAGAGAGUGUGGUUGAGUUUGAGGACGAAAGCAGUGAUAAAGAUACACGACCAACCCCAGAAACUCAGCCACACCUGGGAAAGCAAGAUGGUGAAAAGGCAUCUGAGUUAGAGCCUAUGAAUGGUGAGAUAAUGGAUGAUACUCUUAAGACCUCGCUUAUAACUGAAGAGGAGGACUCCACUGUUGAUGUUUUAGAUGAAGAAUUAAAAUUGCAGUCUUUUAACUCCAGUGAAGACUCUGCAAAUUUUGCUCCACUGGUGGUAGAGCCUUCAAAGACUCCUGAAGCUGUGGCACAGGAUAAGACUCCACAUAUAAUUGACUCAGAACCGUUAACAGAAGAAAGCCCAUCUGAUGAAAAAGGGCACACGGAGGAGAAACUGCCACUAGUUUCAAGAAAGAAAGCACAUUUUGGGAGCUCAGAUGAUGUUGCUACUAUCCCAAAUGAAGAACGAUCUGACAGUGGUUUUCCAAACUCUGUGAUAACUGAAUUUUCUGAAGAGUCGAUCUCUGAAAAUUUAUCACCCAACACUACUUCCUCAUUGGAAGACCAGGGUGCUGAGGAGGGGGUACCUGAGCCCCAGGAAACAUCUCCUGCCCUUCCUCAGAGUUCUUUGAUAGAGGUUGAACUUGAAGAUGUGCCAUUUUCACAGAAUGCAGGACAGAAGAACCAGUCAGAGGAGCAGUCUGAAGCAUCUUCUGAGCAACUGGAUCAGUUUACAGCAUCAGCAGAGAAAGCUGUGGAUAGCAGUUCAGAGGAAAUAGAAGUGGAAGUGCCUGUUGUAGACAGGCGAAAUUUAAGAAGAAAGGCCAAAGGGCAUAAAGGACCUGCGAAAAAGAAAGCCAAGCUAAAUUGAAAGAAGGAAAGCAGACGAUAAAUCCUCUUCUUUGUAACAUAAUUGUUUUUAACAUAUGGUAAUUAAUAAAUGCAUGGGGCACAGGACAAAAUUUCAAUUUGAACUUACGAUGCAGUCUUUCUCUCCUCUCUUAGGACCUAGGAUUCACUAUUCUUUUUAAUUUUUCAGGCUAUUUUGUGUAAAUACAAUAUUUUAUUUUUAUUAACCAUAUUUCAAUUUCGGGAAGCCAGAUCAUACUAUAUUUUCAUCUUUAGCAGGUAGGGACAUCUGACCAUUAAUAUAUCAAAAAAAUAUAAUUAGAAAAAUCCUGUGAAACAAGGCUUUCCAUUACUUGUAAGGAUCAUAGAAAUCUUUUAUACUAAGGGUUUUAAUAGUAAACUUGGUGAGUAUUCUAGAAGUUUUAUGUUCAGUAUCAAAACUAAUGACCAUUUUUAAUGAGGCAUGACUAGUAACUGUCAGUAAAUUAGAAUAAAUACAACACCAAGUAAAUGAGAACACAAAUAGAGAAAUUUGUGGUCAAAGGUUUAUGAAGGUGAUAUUUUGAUAUUUUAGCUGUAGAUGCAGUUUCUUCUUUGACUUCAGUGUCUGUGGAAGGGUUCACACAAAAUCGGUUUCCAGUUCACUCUGUACCAUCUGAUACUCAUAGUACUACUGCCAGGGACUUAACUCUGGCACUUAGGCAUUAAUUAUUUAAAAUGUCAUUUUAAGUAUUAAUUUGAAGUAAUUAAAAAAAUUUUGGUCUCUGUAUUCCCAGAUGCUUGCACACUUAAGAGUACACUUUCACUUUAUCAGGUAAACAUCCCAACUAAUAUAAUUUUGGGUUCUAGUUUGCUCUAAAUUGGACUGUCUAGUCCAUCAGGUAAAUUGAAGAUAGGUAAACUGAGCUGAGGACUUUAUACUUGGUCCUUGUCCAGUUAACAUCUACACUUAAGAAGUGUGAUGCCCCUUCCUAAGGCUGCUGCUUAAUCCUGCCACAGCCCUAACUCUGAAAUCAAUAUUCUUGUCUGCUUUCAUCCACUUCUUUAACUCGUGGAGUGAUUCACUAGUCAAAACGUCUUCUGCCAGGUUGUGCCCUUAGCAUCCAUUUUUCGGUAGGUUUGGACUUUGCCCACCAUCUCAGACCUAGAUUGCAGGAGUAAGGCUGCCCUGGGAGCUGUAGUCACAAGUGCUGAAAUUAAGUUGGAGGCUUCAGUUACCCCUUGGGUCUGCUCACUCUUGAUCAGUUCGGUGAGGACAGGUUAUAAGCUAGCCUGUGUGUGUACAUUGUGCUGCCAUGGCAAAGGCCUUUGCGUAGGGGUAUUUAAAAAAAAAAAAUCCAACUGCCAAUUUUCGUAUAGUCAUUUUUAUUUAAAAAUGAACAAAAUGGUUAUUCUUAGAUUCGAAGGAGAAUCUCCAAACAAUCCUACCUUUGAAAAUAUUGUUGCUUAUAUUUGCACUUAUGUUGGAGAAUGCUUUGAUCCUAUUUAGAUUGUUUUAAAACAGCUUGGUUGUUAAUGUGAAAAAAUGUUACAGUUUUGUGUCAUUAUUGGGAGGUGCUACAGAUUGAUGGUGAGGCUUUAUUCAGUCUACAGUCAGUUGAUGUCAUGUUAUUAAAUUUUAUUUUUGGAGGUUGUAUUUUAGUAAUAUCUAGUUAAUAGUAUCUAGUGGCUGCAGCAGUGGGCUGAACAGCAAUGAUCGUGAGGACGGUGCAGGAUUGGGCAGUUCCGUUAUGUCACACAGAGUUGCUAUGAGGCAGAACCAACUCCAAGGCACCUAACAGCAACAGUUAAUAAUCCUUAAGGCAGUCAAAAUAGCAAACCCUCCUGUUCACCUAAGAUUUUGAAUACUUGUGUCUCUGUUGUUGUUUCAUUAUUGGUCAGAGGUGAGCCAGAUUAUUUCACUGUCAGUGAAAAUUAAGGCACUCUGGCCAUUUCAACAAACACUAAGUGAAAGAGAAGAAUGACUCAUAUACUGCGUCUACCAAAUGUGCUGUUUUACACAUUCUGAGACACUUUUGUUAAUAUCACAAUUAGGGCUGUAACUAAAGAUUGUUAUACUUCAGUAAAUUCUUCAUCUUUCCAUUUUUAAUUUCUUGGAAUAGAUUGGAAAACCUGUUCAAACAUCCUUAGUCAGUUUCUUUUUACUUGGAUUGCUCAUUGUUCUCUUUAAAAUACUUUCUUUUAAAAGAUUUUUCUUUUUGAAGAUUGAGCCCACUGACAAUUCUUGAUGUAGUGCAAAUGUGGUCUCUGAGUUUACAAAAAUCAUCAGCUAUUCAUGUGUGACCACUGGGGGACUAAACAGGACACAUGUCCAUGAUUGGUUUAUUCUUAAAACAGUAAGUGAAUUUUAAGCAAUUUGAAAACUUUUUGUUCAGCAUAAAAAAAGAUACUUUUGUUAUGUAUUACCUUUGACGGAAAAUGUUAUUUCCUGGUUUAUAGAUAGUAGAGGAGAAAAGUUAGUUCACGUGGAAAAACCUAACUUUCAUGUUAAGUGAAUGUAGAGUUUAUAACAAAAUUUAUGCUCAAUAAAGAAGUCUAAACAAACUUAAUCAGGUACUUUAGUUUUCUGCAAAAUAUUAGAAAAUCAGAAUUACAGAUGACUGGAAUUUGAUUUCAACCAGUUCAUCUAGUUGUUGAGUGUCUGGUUACAUUCUAGUCCUUUCUGAACUGCUUUUUUUCUGUUUAGGACUCUUGUUUGUAGAGAAGGGAGUUAAUUUCAGUUUGUGCACAUAUUCCUUGUGUAAUAUAAAGCAGAACAGUUACAAGCAAAAUUUUAGUUCUACUUUCAAGUUUUAAAUUGCUAGACAUCACAGAAAUUAGUAUAAGAAUUUACUAUAAAGCCUUUCUACAACCUUUAAAGGUGAGGAGGGUCUAUUGUCAUCUUUUAUAAAACUAAGCAGCAUGAUUUAGUAUGUCAGUCUUCUCCUUCUUAAGAUGUGUCUAUAUUAAUGGUCUUUCCAUUCAAUGUAGAGAAUAUGGUAGGGAUAACAAUUACUAGUGACUAAUGGUUCACUUUCAGCAGUCUACCAGAACACUACCUAAAAAUGGUUUCAGUGACUUCAGAGAAACAUCUAUGAAGGUUUAUGGUUACACUGAAUUGAACAAUUCCCUCAUACCUAAAUAUCUGCUCUUAUGUUCCUGCUUUACCCUUUAGUAUUUACCAUUCUAAGGUAUGGUCGCACCAGCAAACUGAGACAGAUCUUGAUGUAAAUAAUUUUUACUAACAUUAUUCAUCUGUGUAACAGUAUCUUAAAAAUAAAUUUCUGCCUUGUAUGUCCACUAGUAGCAAUAUGUUUAAGGUAGGAUCCAGUCUUCAUGGGUGCAAUUAAUUACAAGUGUUAUGCUUAUGUUUGCAUACUUAAUAUCAAGCUUUGUACCUUACAAGAUGGUAAAUUGCUUUUUAACAACUUUUGGUUCUAAAAAAUAGGUAAAGCUCAGUUCUGUAGUAUCGUUUACCCAAAGUUGAUUUUCUUCUUUCACCUGCCAAAACUUGAGUCAUUCACACAUCACCUGUUUCUAAUAUAGUGACAAAAUCUCAUUAAUACCAAACCGUAAGAAAGGUUCGGUGUCCGUAUCAUCCUGUGAUUGUAUCAUACUGGAUGUCAUUUCCAAGAAACUAGGCUUUCUUUUCCUAAGUGUAUCUGUAGGUGUUUUUAUAAAUUUCUACUUAGAAAAGAUGUUAUCUUAAUUCAGAAUAUCAAGUCUUACUGGAGUACUUGUUUUCUUAGUUUUUGUUUUGUUUUUUAAAGUUUAAAAGUAGUAAUUAAACCUAUAUUUUGUGAUUGUUCCUGGUCUGUGUUUUGAAAUUCUUUCCCUUCUCUUUUCCUAAUUUAGUUGAAGAUGUGUUUAGAUGUUGUUUAGACAUUGAAUAAUUUUGUUAAAGGCAUAAUCAAUCACAUUGGUUGUACUUUGAAGACAGACUUAAAAAAUAAACAACUUAAAAUAACUAAUGUGGUGAUUACAGAUUAAUAUACCCACCCACCCCCACUGCUAUCAAGUCAAUUCUAAUUCAUAGCGACCCUUUUUGAAAGGUAGUACCAUUUUAUUUAGUGUUCCAGGAAAUCUCAGGUUUCUUCUUAAAAACAAAACCCAAGAAAUUCAAAGCAACAAAGCUGGAAAUUAACUCUGUAAUCCAAAAUGCUGGGCGAUCCUUCAGUUGGGGAGAAGGGGCCGAUUUAGAAGCCGACGUAGCAGAUACCACAAAACCAGAGCUGAGGUUGGUGGGGAUAUUAGGUUUGGUUUGCCACCUAAGGCAAUCUUUCAGCCUUGAGGGAUCAUUAAUUAGUUCUAAAAAAGAAAAAGGUUGAUUGGGAGAGAUGGGGUGACGGGAUGGAGGUCCUAGGUAGUUUAACAUCAAAUUGCUUCUAGCUUUCAAUACAUAAGUGGCUAAGUGUCACUGACCUUGCCCCUCCUUUACCCUUUUAAGCUCCUAUUGUUAGCGUGCUGGAGCCCACACAUUUAUCCCAUUUAUGCAUCACACACACCGCUCCACUUAGUGUUAGUGCUGUUCACCCUGGUAAAGAGCAGACUGACAUUCUCCCCCACCGUUACCUUGAUGAGGUGAACACACUGGGAUGGAGUGAUAUCCAGAUACCCAGAAACUCAAAGUAAUGAACCAUACGCAUAUAAUUCAA